AAUGAGGAGCUCUGAGAACUCAGCCUCUGGACCUCCCUCAGCUGACUCAACUGCAGCUCCUCAGCCUCAGGUCAAGAGCGUCCUCUCUGUGCCUCUCUAAGAUGUCCAACUACUCUGGAAAUCUAGCACCAGAUCCCCAUCUAUUGCUCUUUACACAUCAAUUGCCCAACAAAGGAAGUACCAGUAGAGCCAAAUCCAUCAAGUGAUGCCAUUGGGGGAUGCCAAAUUAUUUCUUCCUCAUGGAAUCAGGCAAUCAAACACAUGCUCCAGAAUUUUUCCUUCUGGGCCUUUCAGCCAAGUCAGAGAUUCAGUUCCUUCUCUUUGGGCUGUUUCUAUCCAUGUACCUGGUCACAUUCACCGGGAACCUGCUCAUCAUCCUGGCCAUUGUCUCAGACCCCAACCUCCACACACCCAUGUAUUUCUUCCUCUCCAACCUGUCCUUGGCUGACAUCUGUUUCACCUCCACCACCAUCCCAAACAUGCUGGUGAACAUCCAGACACAGAAGAAAGUCAUAACCUAUGCAGGCUGCCUCAGCCAGAUAUUUUUUUUCAUUGUGUUUGGAUGCUUGGACAAUUUACUCCUGACUGUGAUGGCCUAUGACCGCUUUGUGGCCAUCUGUCACCCCCUGCAUUACACAGUCAUCAUGGACCCUCAACUCUGUGGGCUGCUGGCUCUGGGAUCCUGGUGCAUCAGUGUCAUGGGCUCUCUGUUGGAAACCCUGCCUGUCUUGAGGCUGUCCUUCUGCACAAACCUGGAAAUCCCACACUUUUUUUGUGAUCUUCCUGAAGUCCUCAAACUUGCCUGUUCGGACAUCCUUGUCAAUAACAUAGUGGUGUAUUUUGUAACUGGCCUUCUGGCUGUGAUCCCUUUCAAAGGAAUACUUUUAUCUUAUUACCAAAUUGUUUCCUCCAUCCUGAGGAUUUCCUCAGCUGGGGGCAAAUACAAAGCCUUCUCCACCUGUGGGUCUCACCUGUCGGUAGUCUCUUUAUUCUAUGGCACCGGCCUUGGGGUCUACCUCAGUUCUGCAGCCACUUCAUCCUCUAGGACAAGUCUGGUGGCCUCAGUGAUGUACACUGUGGUCAUCCCCAUGCUGAACCCCUUCAUCUACAGUCUCAGGAACAGGGACAUGAAGGAGUCCCUGCAGGGACUGCUCGUCAGGGUGGGGACUCUCAGGGGUGGAGCUGUUACAGGACUGUCAUGAGGAGCUGGGCACAUGAUACUGAGAACCAGAAAUCCUGCCUUCCUUUGUCCAAUGUUCUUAUUUUUCCUAAUUUUAC